AACAGUCUUGAGCCGCUAGGAAGCCUGCCCAUCAGUGGUGUGGGACUCGAGUGCAGUCAGUUAUUUCUAAGUUCAUCUUAUUCUCGAAACACAAUUAUGUAGCAAGUGAAACAACACCACUGCAGUCCUUUGCCUCAACAUUGACUCAUGUCCUUGUAGCGGAUACCAUAAUCGCACAAACUGACUGGUGUAGCCGCCAAAACAAUGGCCAAGUUGUCUCCAGGACCUCUGCUGACUUGCCUCAUAGUGACGCUCUGCUGUCUGCCAGGUCUGAACAGUAAUGGCGUGUUCGGCACAGAGGCACCGCCGGUUCCAGCUAGUAUAUCAUCAGAAGCUAUUGUUAGUGAAGGUUUGCCGGUCACACAUCCACAAACUAAAAAUGAGGACACGACUCCAGAAGGUGGACAGCAAGAGGAGGGAAGCGGAGGUGAAGUCACAACAGACGACGCGCAAGUGAAUCCAGUCACCCAGCGUCCUGGAAACAGCGAUCCAGCUUUGGCUACCACAACGGAAUCAGACCCGACCAAGACAUUAGCCAUAGCACUUGGCGCCGUGUGGGGAGCUGUCUGUAUUCUUCUGGUCGUUAUCCUCAUUGUUAUAGUACAACGAAGUCGUCAAAACAGAGAACAUGCCGGCGCUGAUGGUACAAGGAAGAAGAGUACAGAUGACUUGGAGAUGACUGAUUUGCUACCCAAUGGAGCUGAUGCUGAGAAAGGAGCAACGGCAAGUCUCGACGACAAAACCGAAGAUAAAGAUAACCCUGAUGGCAAGACAUCCGCAGAAGAUGGUGACAAACCAGAGAAUGGUGCUGAAUUGCAAGAGAGUGCUACAGGUGCUACGAAAGCAGACGCUGAAAACUCUACCCCAUCCGCAACAGCAGCAGCACCACCAAAAGAUGUGGGUGAGGAGAAUGCUGAAGGUGCUAAAGAAAGAAAUCUUGCAAGCUCUAGCCCACCAGUGAAAUCAGCAGAAAAAGAUGAAGAUGUCACCCAGUGCACUGCAGAGUCAACAGCAGUGUCAACUGGGGAAGAAACUAAGACAGACACUCAGACAAAUGCGGAAAGUCCCAAGAAAACAACCGACUUGCAAUCAGUUGGAGAGAGCCAAGCCAAUAGUGUCAAGGAUACAGAAGGGAAAGCAUCUGCCAAAGGAGAGAACUCCAAUGACACUGAAGGCGAGACCAGUUGUGCGGGUACUACAGAGAAACCAACCUCUGGUAAGGAGCAGGGUGACAGCAAGGACAUGGUUAGUAGUGAUCAGGGGCAAGCCUUGGACAAGACACAGCAAACCAAGGAAUCUGGCAGAACGGAAACAAAUGACUCCGAGGACAUGGCAAAUGACACCGUCACCACUGAUGUGGAAGACACAACUACCAAGAAAGGUGAAGAAGGCCAAACCUCUACUGGUGAUAGCAACAAGCAAGACCCGACGGCAAAGACUGAAGAAGAGGUGGUUGCUGAGACGAAGGACGAGGCAUCGUGAUGGCAUCGAGCAGUGCAACUGCAAGAGAAUCACGGACGGCGAGUUAUUCUUCAAGAUGAUCAGAAAGUCAUCUUGAAAUAAAAAGGUGCAAAACAUCAACGGAAGAUAGUGUACAAAUAUUCUACGUGUGUAUUACAAUUUUCACCACUAAUUUAUUGCACCACCGCACCUGGUUAUUGCACCACUGCACCUGGUUAUUGCACCACCGCACCUGGUUAUUGCCACAUUCUUCCUUCAGUAGUAUGUCAUGCACUCAUAAUCAAUAGUAUGUCGUCCAGUCAUAAUCAACAGCAUGCACUGUCCACUUUAAUCACUUCUGAUGGUAAUUUGUAAUUUUUCUCGACCACCAGUGUCACCUACCAGCAAAGGUGAUAUACUCGUCAGAUUGAAUUCAUGAGCCAUAUUCAUGAUAUUGCAGUUUUGGCAGGCUGGUAUUCCGCGGACUCUCAAAUUCAUAUAUGUAUGUCGUGCCAUGCUGUGCCCCCCCCCCCCCCUCCCCCUCCAGACAUGCAAACAUCCAUAUCCACACACAAUGCUAGUGUCAUUGGAUACAUUCCUGCUCGUUUUUGCAGGUGCAUACAACACUGCCCUUUCCCUUAUCCUGUGCCUAGUCAUAUCAUUUCCAAAUAUCGACCAAUUCACGUCAUGCAGGCCUAUGGAUCUCACCAGAAGCAUUGAUGCAUUAUAGGGAACCUUUGUGAUUUCUCUCCCACAAUUUAACUUGUUGCUUGGAUUUGUACUCACCUUGAAAUUACCCAAACUACAACAUA